AUGUAUAAUGUUAAUGUAUCAAAUAAUAAUGAUGAAAUUGAAGAUAUUUCUGGAGUAAUGAAUAUUGAAAACGACAUAAUAACUUUUGAACCAGAUAUAUUUAUGGAAGAAAUAGGUAUAUCUCAAAUUAUAUUAAAAAAUGAUAUUAUUACUGAAAGUAAGGUAAAUUCAUUUAAUCAAAAUAAAAUAACAUUUGAAUGUUUCCCAAUAAAAAUGAUUACUUGUAAAACAGAAAAGAAUAAAGAUAAUGAUGGUGAUACUCUUAAAAUUAUAGCAAAUAAAGAUUUUAAAAAAAAUGAAAAUAUUACUUAUAUAAAUGUUAAAAUAUUUUUACACUAUUUAAAUGGUACUGUUAAAGAAUAUAGAAAAGGAAAAAAUGUAAUCAAGAUAAUACAUCAUAUUUUUAAUGAUACUAUAAUAAAUGACGAAGAAAAAAAUAAAGAUUCAAUAUUUUUAGAAGAUAAAAUUUUAGAUAAUGUUAUAAAAUUCGAUCAAUCAAAAUAUUAUGUUAUGCUUUUUUCUGGACCAACAAAAAAAAGUGUUGUUUCACGAGGAAAAAUUACAUUACAAAAUGAUAAAAAAACUAUGCCAAAAAUUUGGAUUGAAAAUCAAAGUAAUGAAGAUAUAUUUGAUAUAGAAAAUAUUAAGUAUGUACAAGAUGGAUUAUAUAAUUUUGAUAUUAUUACAAAAAAUAAUUUAACAAUAAAGGAAAGUUAUGAUAAAAAUACAACAAUAACAGGUAUUAUUAAGGCUAAACAAUCAAAUAUGAUAGGAGAAGCAGAAAUAAUUGGUGAAAUUAUAUUUCAAUCAACAUUUAUAAAAAAUAAAUCAAAACAUAAUGACAAUACAACAUUACCAACUAUUGAAAAGAAAUAUACAAGUAUUGAAAUUUUAAAAGAAAUAAAUUCUAAAGAACAUAUGGAUGAUAUAUUAAUACCAUUUAAAAAUUUAAAUAUAAAUGAUAAAGAAAUUUCUAGAAAAAGUAUAGAUAGAAAAGAUAAUAGCUAUUUCAAGGAUAAUGAUGAAGUGGUACUUAACAAAGUAUUACAAUUUAAUUAUACUAAUGUAGACAAAAGAAAUAAAAUAGAAAAUGUUACUAAUAAAUCAGGAGAUAACAUUUCAUUAGGUAAAAAGUUUGUUUUGUUUAACAAUAUAAAUAGUAGUCAUGUAAAUUAUGAGAGAAAUAAUUAUAAAGAAAAUGUUGUUAAUGGAGAAAAAAUAUAUAAAGUAGAAAAAAAAAUUUCAAAUAAGAACGAUUUUAAUUUACAAAAUAACAAUAAUAAUAAUUUAUUUAUGUUACAAAAUAUAGAAGAAAUAAAAAAUUCUACAUUAGAAUUUGCAUAUAAUUUAAGUGUUUUAGAAAAUAGUAUAAAUGGAACAAUUAUAAUAAGUAAAUUAAUGAUUUUAAAUAAUAUUAAGAAUGAGGAUAUAUCUGUUGUUAUGUUUAAUGAAACAAAAGAUUAUUUAUUUAAGAUCAUCGAUAAUAAGUUAAUUUUAAUAUGUCAAAAUAAACAACAAAAUUGUAUAGAUUAUGAAGAAGAUAAAGAAAUAUUACUAUUACUUUUUGUUAAACAGAAUAAUCCUAUAUUAUUAAAUAUUAAAGUAAUAAAUGAAGAUGAAAAGGAUCCUAAAAUAGUAUUGUAUAAUAAAGAUAUAAAAAUAUCUAAUGAUAAAAUGUUGAAUCAAUUUUUAUUUUCUAUUACCGAUGAGGAUGGUAUGGAGAGUAACGAAAUUUUAUUGAAAGGAGAUAUUUCUAAACAUUUUGCUAUACAAAAAGCACAAGAUGAUGGAUUAUAUCAAAUAAUUUUUCUUUCAAUACCACCUUCAGGUAGAAGUGAAUUAUCAAUUAUUGUUAGAGGUAAAUAUCCAUCAAAAAGGAGUAUUAUUAAAAAUGUUCCUGUUAAAGUUAUUGAUAAUACUCAUAAAGCACAUUUUCGAAAGGAUACUUAUAAUAUUGAAAUUUCUGCAAAAAAUAUCAUAAAAGAUGAAAAAAUUAUUCAUUUAGAAUUAGAAGGUGUCUCAAUUGAUAGUGUUGAUUUUUAUGUAUUAAAAGGAAAUGUUGGAUGGGCAAUUGUUGAAAGAUAUGGUGGUGAUGUUAAAAUUAUUUCAAAUAAUAAUACAUUUUAUAAUGGUAAUUAUGAUAUUGUUAUUGGAGCAAUUGAUAAAGAAAGUAAUAAAAUUGUAGCAACAACAACAUUGACAAUAAAAGUUACUGAUGGACUUGAUGUUAAACCAACAUUUUUAAAAAAAUAUUAUUCAUUAUUUAUUGGAAGUAAUCAAAAAAAUGAUACUGUUGAUAUAAAUCUUCUUCCAGAUAAUUUAAAUACAAAAAUAAUUAUUGAUGAGGAUUCAAUAAUUGGAUGGAAUGAAGAAGUUAAACAAAUUAAUAUUAAUAAAAACUAUAUUUUUAUUCAUGACAACAAAGCUAAAGUGUCUUUAAAAUAUAUUUCUUCACUAAAAAGUUUAUAUUUUAAAGUGUAUUUAAAAGAUUUUCCAUUAGAAAAAGCACUUGUUGGUAUUCAUGUUUAUGUAAAUGAAAGUGAACGUCAAAAUGAAAUAAAAAAAUAUUCUCAACUUAGAAUUUCUAACGUGAAAUUAUCUGAUGCCUUAUUUUUAAAUGUUGAGUUACCAGAAAAUACAACAGUUGGAAAAGUUAUAGAAAAUAUAUAUUCUUUUAAUCCAUUAACUGGAAAAGGUCCUGAUGAAUGUUUCAUUGAAAAUGGAUAUGAUAAAUAUUUUCAUGUUGAUACUACAAAUGGUGAUAUUUUAUUAAUUCAACAAAUUGAUUAUGAUACUUUAGAAAAUCCACAACUUGAAGUACCAAUAUUAUGUAGUCAAAAUGAAUCAGUGUCAUUACAUAUUAUUCUAAAUGUCAAAGUAAUUAAUAUUCCAGACAAUUCACCUAUAAUUAAAAUUUUAAAUGCCAAAUAUCCUUUAGUUUAUGAAAUAGAUAAAAGCACUUCCGAAAAUAACAAUAUAUUUAAUUUUUCAAUAAUUGACAUAGAUGGUGAAUUAGAUCAUUCAUUAGAAAUUAUUGGUGACGAUUCUUUUAAAUUUACCAUUGAAAAGAAUUUUGACGACACUUAUUCACUUAAUACAGUUUCAAAUGCUAUAUUUGACUAUGAUGAUUCAAAGACAUUAAAAUUAAUUUUAAUUGCUAAAGAUAAUGAAAAUAAUGUUGGAAAAGAAGCUUUUACAAUUAAAUUUACAAGUAACAAUAAUCAAUUACCUUAUAUUGAAAAGAAAAAUUAUCAUUUUAAAGUUGUUCAAAAUUGGCCAAAAGAUGUAUAUGUUGGUACACUUUAUAUAAAUAAAAAUAGUAACUAUCUUAAUAGAACAAAUAUUAACUUUUAUAUUGAAGAUCAACCAGAUGAUUAUUUUAAAAUUGAUAAAAAUGAUGGAAAAAUAUAUACAGGAAAAUCAUUAAAAAAUAUAUCAAUUGAUAUGCCGUAUGAAAUGAGAAUAAUUGUAUUAAGUAAAUUAAAUAAAAAUUUUAAAGAUAGUGCUAGUGUUACAAUAAAUACAAUUGAUCCAGAUACAAUAAUUUUAGAUGAUAAAAAAUACCUUCAAAUUACUAGUCCUAAAGAUGGUGAAGUAAUAAAAGUUUCAGAAACAUUAGGAAUUCAGAAAGAAAUAUAUUCUGUUGAAAUAUUGUAUAAGGGUAAUACAUUAGAUUUAACAAAUAUUAAAUAUGACAUUUUUAAUGUUAAUAACAAAAGUGACAUGACAUUCUUAAUAAACAACAAUGGAAAAAUAAUUUUAAAUUAUGAAUUAAAUUAUGAAAAAAUAUCAAAAUAUUCUCUUAUUAUUGAGGUAAAAAAUAAUGAAAAUAAUGAGGAAAUGGAUAGAAUACUUGUUUUUAUUGAACUUGAAAAUGAAAAUAAUAAUUUGCCAUAUUUUGUGGAAGAUUAUACAAAUAAAUUAUUUACAUUCAAUAAAUCAUCCAUUAUUUUGGGAAAAGUUCAAGCCAUUGAUAAAGAUUUUGAACCAUUUAAUAAAAUUUAUUAUCAUAUUAUAAAACAUUGUGGUAAAAAUUCAAAUAAACUUCAACUUGAUAUGUUAACAGGUGAAAUUAGAAGAACUAAAUAUAAGAUAAAAAAUAAUAAACAAUCAAAAAUAUUACCAAAAAAUUUUGAAUUAUGUAUUUUUGCAUCACAAUAUAAUUUUACAAUUAAAAAUAGUUUGAUAACUUUUGAUAAAAAUCGUAAAGAUCAAAUAAAGGUAAGAAUUAAGUUAGUUGAAGAUGAUGAAAAAAAUAAAAUUGAAAAUGUUAUAUCAAAUAAUUAUCUUUUUAAUGAUACAAUAGAAUAUAUUUCAACUAAAUUUGACAAAUUACCAAUUAAUUAUAAUGAAGAUAAAUUGAAUUAUCAUUUACAUAAACAUCAACAUUUUUCAAUACAAUCAUUUUCUUUAACACCUGCUAAUUAUGAACCAAAUGCCAAAAUUCUUCAUAUCAACAAAAAUAAACGUAUUUUUAGAAUUAAUGAAAUGUCAGGAGAUAUUAUUGUUGAUCCCAAAAUAAUAACAUAUCCCGAAGGUAUUUAUAAAGUAUUAUUUACUUUAUCAGAUGAUAUGAAUCUCAACAAAACAACUUUAUUUAGAAAAAACAUCCAUUUUAUUGACAUAAAAAACAAGAUGAAAUUUGUUUUUGAUACAUCUGCUUCAAAAAUUGGUUUUCGUCUAGAAGAUUUUAAUGAAGCAUUACAAAAUAUUUUGAUGGAAUUAAGUAAAUUAAAUAAAUACAAAACAAAAAUAUAUUUAGAAAAUAGAAUUAGAAAUGAAAAAAAUUACAAGUCAUCUGUUUGUUUUCAUAUUGCUGAUGAAGAUAUUGUUAAAAAUUUAAAUGAGUAUAAAAUGUUUUUUGAAACAUUAUUUUCAAAAUUUUCAAACUUAGAAAAUAUAUAUAAUGAGUAUUCUGUACGUAAUAUAAUAAAAUGUUCUGAAAAUUGGGAACCUCACCUAAAAAAAGGAUUUAUUGAUAAAUUAACUUAUGGAAAAAAUAAUAAUAAAAAGCUAUGGAGAGAUUAUAUAUUUAUUAUAAUCAUAUUAAUAGUUAUAUUAAUUUUUACAGCAAUAUUUUUAUAUUAUUGUAUUGCAAUGAAAUAUCGUUUUCAUUUAUUAAUUAAAAAGGAACAUUUUAGGCUUAUCACAAAUAAAAGAAUAAUGGCAAUAUCAAAUGGCCAUGAAAAACAAUAUGUCAAAAACAGUCCACAAUUUGCUAUAGGCAUGAAUUCAGAUUUAUUUGAAUAUUGA